CGCGUAGGCGAGGGGCCGAGCAGGGGGGGCUUCCACCCCCGGAGCAGGCAGCCAGCGUGUCCCGGUCCCUGAGCGCCGGAUGAAAGGACCAUUGUCCCAGGCUGGGCAGCCGUGAGGGCUGGCCAUGGACACCCCAUAUCCCCUCUGUGUCCCCCAGCCCUCCCACUCUCCUUCUCACCCCCCACUAAGACCUUGGGAAUUGUGCGGGGAGGCAAGAACCCCACGCGCAACCCGUUUAUUAUUUUAUUGGGGAAAGUCCUGGCAGCUUUCCCCUUGAAUCCUGUUUCCAUGAAGCAGCCAAAGCUCGGUGCGGGAACAAGCCCGGGCCUGGCAAGGGGGGCCCGGAGUGCCCCCGCCCCGGGAAGCGCCCCGGCAUCCUCUGGGAGCCGCCGCUGCCACCGGACAGAGGUCCUGAUGUCAUCCUGAGCCUUGCUGGCAACACAAGAUGCACUGAGUGGUGCAGGUUUCUGUGGCCAGCCCCCUGCCAUGGAGGAGGAGGGAUCUCUGCCGGUGGCCGCCUGGCUGUCUGCCGUCCACCUCGACCAGUAUGUGGAGAGCUUCCAGCAAAGCGGGCUGUGGUCCGUGUGGGACUGCCGGGCUCUGACGGACGAGGGGCUCAUCCGCCUUGGGGUGCUGCUGCCCGGCCACCGCCGCCGCAUCCUCCUGGGCUUGCAGAAAGCCUUAGCCGAGGCGCAACCAGCCGGGACUCAGCAGCCCCCUGGCAGCAAACCUGUCCCCAUGAAGCGCCACAUCUUCCGCCCGAGCGCUGCAGCAGCGCCGGAGCAGCCGGAGCCCCGGUGCCCGCCGGUGCCUGCUGGGACCCCCCUGCUGGAGCCAGAGAGGGGGGCAAGCUUCACCCAGCUGCCCCCACCCAUCCCACCGAGGGUGGGCUGCCGCCCUCUCAAAUUCUCGGCAUCACUAUCGGGGGACAGCCCCGAGCCCCACCCUGCGUCCUGCAGCCAUCUCCCGGCCCUGGAGGAUCCCUCUCCAGCAGCCCUUGGGGAGAAGCCCCCCACCGACAGCAGGGCCAGACCCCCCUUGCCGCCACUGCCGGCCAAGCGACACCAAGUGGAAACCAAGUGCCAGAGCCUGAAGGGCCCCCCAGUGCCUGACCGCCCCCCCGUGCUGCCCCCCAGGGCUGUGUCCCACAGGAGCAUCCCUGUGAAGGAGGAGGUGCCCAUCACUGAGAGAGCAGCCAGCGUCACCCUGUCCUCCCCGCUGCCCCCGCCCCGCUCCAAGGCGCCAGCACCGACGCCACCCGCGCUGCCCUCCAAGGCCAGCCUUCCCUUCGUGCCAGAGUUUGAUGACUCAGACUACGAGGACUCGGCGUGGGAGGAGGAAUUAGCCAGACCGACGGGGGAGAUGGCCAAGGAGGAUGCUGAGCCUAGGAUGGGGCGACCACGCUCUGUGCGUUUCAACAGCCUCUUCAGUGAAGAUGAGUUUGGUGAGGACCAGCCCAGUGCAUCCCCUGCCAGUGGUGGCAGCAGCUGGAGUGACAGGGAGCCCAGCCUGCCCCUGCCCGCACCCAACGCCUUCCCUGGCAGCAGCCCCGGCACACUCAGGGACAGCAUGGAGGGCACCAGUGCCACCAGCCUGCUGUCACCCACCAUCAGAGAAGGGUGGCUGGACAAGAACCCGCCACAGGGGUCCUACAUCUACCAGAGGCGCUGGGUGAAGCUUGACACUGACUACCUCCGCUAUUUUGACAGUGAAAAGGAUACCUACUCCAAGCGGCUCAUCCCCGUCUCCUCCAUCUCCCGCGUCUCCAGUGUUGGGGACCAGAAAUUUGAGGUUGUCACCAACAACCGCAACUUUGUGUUCCGGGCUGAGAAUGAUGCAGACCGCAACGAGUGGAUACGGACCCUGCAGCAGAUUGCAGAGGAGCGGAAGAGCAAAGUUGCAGUGAGGACAUCGAUGUCCUUAGCCACUGACAGUGCCACUGAGCUAGCUGAUAAGAGUGGCUUCCUGGAGCUGCGGGGCUUUAAGCACAAGCUCUUUGUGGUGGUGGCUGGGGACAAAGUGUUCCUUUACAAGAAUGCAGAGGACUAUCGGCUGGGGAUUGGCAUCACCUACAUUGAGAUGAAUGUGGGGAACGUCAAGGAGGUGGAUCGCCGGGGCUUUGACCUCACCACACCAUACAGGAUCUUCAGCUUCUCUGCUGACUCGGAGCAGGAGAAGGAGGAGUGGGUGGAGGCCAUGCAGCAGUCCAUCACUGAGGCACUCUCCAACUCGGAGGUGGCCGAGAGGAUCUGGGCGGUGGAGUCCAACCGUUUCUGUGCCGACUGCGGCUCCCCCAAACCCGACUGGGCCUCCAUCAACCUCUGUGUUGUCAUCUGCAAGAGAUGUGCAGGGGAACACCGGGGAUUGGGCCCUGGCAUCACCAAAGUCCGGAGCUUGAAGAUGGAUAGGAGGGUGUGGACUGAGGAGCUGAUCGAGCUCUUCCAGCGGUUUGGCAACAUAAUGGCCAACCAGUUUUGGGCUGCAAAUGUGCCUCCCAGUGAGGCCAUCAGCCCCACCAGCGGCAGCCAGGAGAGGAGGCGCUUCCUUAUCGCCAAAUACCGGGAGGGCAAGUACCGUCACUACCACCCACUCUUCGGCAACCAGGAGGAGCUCGACAGGGCUCUGUGUGCGGCCGUCACCACCAGUGACCUGGCAGAGACGCAGGCUCUGCUCUUCUGUGGGGCAUCGGUGACCUGUGACACCGGGGACCCCCAGUGCCCAACGCCCCUGGCCCUGGCUGAGAGGAGCGGGCAGCGGCUGCAGAUGGAGUUCCUGCUGCACAACAAAACCUCAGAGCCGCCGCGCCUGGAGAUGGUGUGCAGUGAGGAGAAGCCCUACUCUGUACCCCUGCCCUCCAUCACCCACAAUGGCUUCCUCUACAAGACCCCCUCCAUGGUCAAGCCCAUCAGUGAGCGCAAGGGCCCAGAAGAGUUCAGCAGGCGGUGGUGCACGCUGCAGGAUGGCAUGCUCAGCUACUAUGAGAACGACCGUAACACUGUACCCAAUGGCGAGAUCAGGGUGGAGGAGAUUGUCUGCCUGGUGAACAACCCACUCCAUGCCCAUGGGAUCGAGAGCACGUUUGAGGUGUACACGGAGGCAGAUCGACUCUACCUCUUUGGGCUGGAGAGCCCUGCCUCUGCUCGAGAGUGGCUCAAGUCUAUUGCCAAGUCCUUUGUCCACCCCUGUGCCGAGGAGCUGCUAGCACUAGACUUUGAGCGGCUUGGCCGUCUGCAUUACAAAGGGGGUCUCACCCUGGAGCGUGCCCAGGAGGGCUGGUUUGCCCUGGUUGGCUCCACUCUCCAUGUCUGCUCAGAGGAUGGCCGUCGGCAGGAGCCUCUCCAGCUGCGCAAGCUGCAGGAGCUCUCCAUCCAGGGGGACCACGAGGUUCUGGUGUUGGUGGAGAGGCGGAGGACGCUGUACAUCCAAGGGGAGCGGAAGCUAGAUUUCCUGGGCUGGGUCCAUGCCAUCCAGAAGGCUGCGAGCAGCUCGGGAGACACCUUGUCGGAGCAGCAGCUGACGGAGUCGGACGUCCCACUGCUGGUGGACCGCUGCAUCGACUACAUCACUCAGUGCGGGCUGACAUCUGAGGGAAUCUACCGCAAGAGCGGACAGAACUCCAAGACCACCAGCCUGCUAGAAGUGCUGCAGCGGGAUGCACGCUGUGUCCGCCUGAAAGAGGGCGAGCACCAUGUGGAUGAUGUUGCCAACACCCUCAAACGCUUCUUCCGUGACCUUGGGGAUGGGCUCUUCACUCGGCGGUGGGCCCCAAACUGGCUGUGGGCAACAGCGCUGGAGGAUGAGGGGGCAAAGGUUGGCGAGUACCGGCAGCUCUUGGCUGCCCUCCCUCCGGUGAACCGGGCCACUCUGAAGGCGCUCAUCAAUCACCUCUUCCGGGUCCAGUGCUUCUCUGGGGAGAACCAGAUGAACACACACAACCUGGCCAUUGUCUUUGGGCCCACACUCUUCCAGACGGACGGGAAGGACUACAAGGCAGGACGUGUGGUGGAGGACCUCAUCAGUCACUACGUGGAGAUCUUUAACGUCAAUGACCAAGAGAUGAAGAAGCAGCAGGAUGAAAUCACAGCCAUCAUGAAGAUGCGGGAGGCAUCGUCCAGCGGAACACAGCAAGCUGGGGACUUCAUCUGUACUGUCUACCUGGAGGAGAAGAAGACAGAGACAGAGCAGCAUGUCAAGAUCCCAGCCACAAUGACGGCUGAGGAGCUCACCUUUGAGAUCCUGGACCGGCGGAAAAUUGUCAUGAAGGAGAAGGACUACUGGAGCUGCUUUGAAGUGAAUGAGAGGGAAGAGGCAGAGCGGCCCUUGCAUUACUCGGAGAAAGUUCUGCCCAUCCUGCACUGCCUGGGCACAGAGAGUUACCUGGUGGUGAAGAAGCAGAUGUCCAUGGAGCACAUGCUCAUCUACCUUGCCAGCAGAGUGGGUGACUGCAAGCAUGGCAUGAUGAAAUUCCGGGAGGAGAGGAACCUGCUGGGGCUUGGGCUGAGCACUGGCUUCCAUGAUCGCUACUUCAUCCUCAACCGCUCCUGGCUGCGCCUCUACAAAGAAGUGCGGAGCCUGAGGCAGCGGAGCCCCCCCUUGGAGAGCAGUCACAAGCCAGAGAAGGAGUGGCCUGUCCGAAACCUGAAGGUCUACCUGGGCGUUAAAAAGAAGCUCCGACCCCCGACGUGCUGGGGUUUUACAGUAUUCUACGAAAACGAGAAGCAUGAGAAGCAGCAAUGGUACCUGUGCUGUGACACCCAGGCCGACCUGCGGGAGUGGUUUGCCACCUUCCUUCAGGUGCAGAACGGGGGUGCCCUGUGGCCCUCGGAGCGUCCCAGGGCGCGGUGGUUGCGGCCGCAGCAGGAUGCCAGGUUGGGUAACAUCUCCCUCAUCCCGCUGCGGGGCAAUGAGAGCGAGAUGAGGAACAGUGUGGCUGCUUUUGCUACUGACCCUCUAACUCUUCUGCGGAACGUCUGAGCUGGAAAACUGACAUGCCAGUUCAUCUCCAAGUGGGGCCACCCUCGAGGUCUCGUGCCAGCCCCAUACUCGGGCACCUGCCAGGGUCCUGUUGCCUCCAGAGCCUCCACUGGGCCUUCUCACCUUCCACUGUGGGGACCACAGGCAGCCAGGAGGGCAGAUGGCAGCGAGGCCACCCCCUACCCCAGCAGAGCUGGGCUUGGGAGACAUUGCCAGACAGCCCACAGGAUGUCAGCCCUGACUCUGUGCCCCAGCUGCCUUUGGCCACCGCUUCUUUUCCCAGCUCCGGGAGGAGAAGCAGAGCCUGGCUGGGAGCUGCAGUCGAGGGCAUUUAUGUUUCGUCUUCCAUCCCCUAUUUUUAAGUCUUUCUCCUCUGAAAUGAUAAGGCUGGUGGGAGCUGCCCUUCCUGUGGGAUGCUGCACUGGCCCUUCUCAUGGGAUGCAUGCCUGGCCCCAGGCACUGCCAUCAUCCUACUCCCAUCACUCCUGGGGAAGGGUCCCCUCUGUGCUGGGUAGGGCAGGAUGACAAGAGCCUCAGUAUUCACCCAACACUGGGAAGGGGUGCCCCUGGGCUCUGUCCUCUAUCCAUCACGAUGGAGAUGGCAGGAGCAGCCCCUGCGUCCCACUGCCACCUCUUGACAAUAUUAAAGGUCUUA